CAUUUUCUUUCACUUUUCUAUACGUAAAUUGACAAGAAAGGAAGUGGUGAUUAGAAGACAUUGUUUUUGUGUUGUGUGUAUAAUUUUAGUAGAAAGAAACGUCUAAAAUUAUUCUGCUUUGAAGCCUCGAGUGUGUAUAAUUAUAUAUAUAUAUAUAUAUAUAUGACCCUUUUGGGUUUCAGGUUUCAGUAUGGAUGGGAAAGAGUUUGAUGACAGGAGGAGGAUUGGGAAAGUGAAGGCAACCACUAAUAUGUAUGGAGGGAGGAUUCUUGAAGGUAGUCCUUCAAUGAAGAAAUCCCAAUUGGGUUUCUCUGAGUCACCGUCAGAAUCAAGAGAGCUCCACAGGGCGCGGAGAGAUAUGUCGCGGUUCAAGGAGAGGAGAAAUGCUGCAGAGUCGGAGAAAGUAGAGGCAGAAUUGGAGCUGUCUAAUGCAAAGAAGACAGUGAAGACACUCUCUUCAUUGAUUGAGGAGACAAACACAAGUGUUGAAGCGCGUAGAAGAGGUGUCGAGAUGCAGAAGAAGAGUGCGGAGAUUGAUCAGUAUGCAGGAGUGAUGAGGGAAUUGGAGUUUGUGAAACAAGAACUUAGUAAACUUAAGCUGGAUAUGGCAAUUGUUUUGGGAGAUAAAAAGUGUGCAGAGAAGGAAAUUGAGUCCUCGAGAUCAAAAAUUUCAUUGGUUUCAACCUCCGUGGAGGCCCUAAGGAAGGAGAUUGAGGAGGUGAAUGAGGAGCAUGUUAUUGUGGAGUUGGCUCGGAUUGAGGCUGCAAAAGAAUAUGGAGAGAUUGAUGCUCUAAGAGAAAAGGAAGCCCGUGAAUUCUUGUUCGCAAUGGAGGAAACCAGGAAGAAAAUGUAUGAUGCCAUUGAAGAGAUUGAAGCCUCGAAGGAUCUUGAAAACAGACUGGCUGUUACAAUGAGCGACAUUGAUUUGUUGCAGAAUGAACUAAGACAAAUCAAAGAGAUGGACAUGAAAGAGAUCCGAAGAACAGUUAGCUUUAGGGAAUCUGAAGGUUCAUCUUUGUUAAUGUCAAUAACUGAAGAGCUAGAGGCAGCAAAGAAAGAGUUGGAUUCCAUUAGAGAAGAAGGAUUUCAAUUCAUGGGAUCUAUGGAUAUCAUAAGAAAUGAACUGCAACAUGUCACAGAAGAAGUAGCACUGUCGAAGAAGAAAGAAGAGAAGAUGGAAUCAACUAUUCAGAAGCUCAACUCAAAGCUGCUUAGAAUGAAAUCCAAACUGGAAGCUGUGUCUGCUGCUGAGGGAAAGGCUAAAUCCAUUGUAUCUAAUCUGUCCGACACUCUCGAACAGUUAAAGACAGAAGCAGCAGCAGCAAAGAAAGAAAAGGAACUAAUUGCUGAAGAAACUGCAGCAAUCAAGGCAGAAAUACUGCUAACUGAGUCAGAAAUAGAGUUAACUGAGGCAAGAUUGGAUGGUGCAACGCAAGAACUUGAAGCAGUUAAAACAUCAGAGGCCUUAGCUCUUGAGGAUCUAAAGAAUCUCAUUGAAAGAACCAAAAGAGUUAGAGCCUCUGCAACCCAACAUAGUUCCUCAAUCACAAUCUCAAAGUUUGAAUACAAGUACUUAAUUGGUCGUGCAGUUGAGGCUGAAGAAAUUGCGGAUAAAAAGGUUGCAGCAGCUCACGCAUGGAUUGAAGCUCUGAAGGCUAGUGAGAAGGAGAAGCUUAUGAAGAUUGAAAUGGAUCAAAGAGAAAUCAAAGAGACGACAGUAGAGGAACAGCAUGAGGUAUAUAGAACUGAAAAGUCACUUUUGGCACACACAAUAGUAAAGGGAGAAUUAAACAACUGGAGAAAGAAAACUGAAAAAAAUGUUGAAGUUGAGAAUAUGCCAUUUACAUCGCCUAGAAAAUCCAUGAAAGGGAAUGGAAAUCUAACUCCAUCCCUACGAGCCAAGUUCCGAAAGUCUGCCUCACCGGCAAUUCGAAUGUCUCGAUCAACCUCUUUCACCAUUAGGGAGAGGAAAAGGCCAAUGCCAAACUUUGGCAGGUUCUUUGCAGGAAAAACACUCAAGGAUCAGUAAUGACAUUGGUCUCCAUGAGCUUCCAAGUUUCUCUGUUUUGAUUGCGUUAGACAUUGACAAAUGAAACAUAAAUUGCAGAUAGAGCGUUUGUGGGUGUCCUAUACAUGUAAAGAUUGUGUUGUUUUUUCUU